UACAUGUGAUGGGCUGGUUCUCGGCCGGUACUUUAAGGGCAUGCAAGGAGGAUUGAUGUAUGUGGUGAAGUAUGACGCAACACUGGGUCAGGACUGGCUGCGGCUAGAGUGUGUCACGCUCCAAAUACCAUAGUGUCCUCGAUAAACCUCCAUGUAGGCUCUGUUUACAAUUUGCUUGAGUAUUUUUUUCUCCACAUGAAAACACCUCGCAUAAUUUCAGAGAUGCUACUUCAGUAACCAGAUAUCUGUACUGUUUGGGUAUUUAAAGUAAACAGUUCCUGCAUAUGUGUUUGUGGAGUAAGGCAGCUUGGAAUUGCUGCAAAUAUUGAAUUGGAAUUGAAAUAUUUAUUGAAAAUUUGCCUAGUGGAAUAUUUGAAGAAGAAAAAAUGGCAUACAGAUGCAGGGAUUGAUAGCCAGUGAUUGUAAUAAUGCGUAUUUACAAUAUCACAGUGCCUGAUGAUCAGGAUCAUGGUACCGUUACCAGUAGCAGUGAGAAGGUGUGUGAUGUGCGACCAGUAUAUCACCGUUUCAGUUCUGGUGAUCAUGGCGCGGUGGGAGGAUCAGCUCCAUCACCCAGAGAUAUGUUAAAGGAUCUCAACUCCACCAAAUUGCCAAAACCAUGUCCACCUGGGGCACACCCUCCUGGGAACCCGCAGAACAACAAAGACCACAACCUUAACUUCAACAUGCCCGAUAAAUCACAACAGGGGUCAAAGUUCAUGUCCAAUAAGAUGAUGGAGGACAAACACAUUCCAUCUAUAGAGAAAAACUAUGACGACAAGGUCAUACCAGGACAGAACAAGGUCACAGCGGGACAGGACAAGGGCAAAAAAAGUUUGAUGGGAUUCCUGUCGGUAAGUGGAAAGGGAGACAAAUCUAUGUGCUCAGUGCAGGAGAACGAGAUUCGGUCGGAGGGGCCAGCAGAGGAAAGCAAAGGCAACAUGGGGGAGCCCUCCAUGAGCCUCGACUUAAUGGAUCGAGUCAAGAGUCAUGAGGGCUUGUCUACCCUGAACCAGGAUGGGAGCUGUGAUGCAGAUACUGCCAUGGCAAUCAUUAACACACCAAGCUUCACGUACAAAGAAAUAAACCAGGCCACCAACGGGUUUAAUGAUCAGUGCAAGCUUGGGCAAGGCGGUUUUGGCGAAGUCUUCAAAGGCAGACUCAAAAACUCGCAAUGUGCCAUCAAACGACUCUUCUCUGGAUCAGAAGGGGACCAGGAAUCACAGAGUCAUCUGAAAACCGAGCUAAAGGCACUGAUUCGAUACCGACACGAGAACAUUGUAGCUCUGUACGGGUAUACACUAGAGGGAUCGGAUGUCUGCCUUGUCUACCAGUUCAUGCCUAAUGGGUCACUUGAGGACAGACUUAGCUGCAAGUCCGGGACACGACCGUUGACGUGGCAGGAGAGACUGCAAAUCACACGAGCCGCUGCUUGUGGUCUCCAGUAUUUACACACUCUGGGCGCGGCACCACUCAUCCACGGUGACAUCAAAAGUGCCAACAUACUUCUGGAUAAACAUUUGGAGGCCAAGAUUUCUGACCUGGGGAUGGCCAAGCAUGCCCAGAAGGGGUCCACAACUGGGGCACUCACUCACAUCACCAAACAACAGAUGGGCACAAAGGAGUACACCAGCAAGGCCUAUAUGCCUCCGGAGGCCCAGAGGGGCUCACAAAUGUCUAUCAAGGGAGACACAUUCUCGUAUGGAGUGGUGAUGCUGGAAGUGUGUACAGGAGAACAAGCGUAUGAUGAGAAACGAGAAGGUGGCGACGCCAAAUAUCUGGAGCGAUAUGUGACCGAGUACCUGGAAGCGAGUCAGACACGGUACGAAGAUCUCCGUGACAGUAAAGCGGGUAUGUGCUCGGAUGAUGUCUACAACAAGCUUUUCCACAUUGCUCUUCAAUGUACGCAGAAAAAGAAAAAGGAUAGGCCUGAUAUGGUCAAGGUGUACCUUGGUCUGGAGGAACUGGAGAACCAUUUUAAUGACUUACCCAUCCUUAGACAAGAUAGCCAGACAACAGAAUCUCUGGAAGAUAGAGUUGCUGAUCUUAGUAUCCAACAAGAAUAUGAGUGUGAGGACAUGAAUGAGGCAAAGAAACGUGAGGCAGAAAGAAAGAUUCUUUUGAGGACAUCUGAUCCAGAGGAAAACGAAAUUCUGAAAUCAAAACGUGACAUUUUCUUUGGCUCUUACUUGGAGGCUGUGACUGAGAAUGGUGGGUAUAAUGAUGAGUGUUCAGAUGAUUCCAUAACCAUGGUUCCGACUGGUGACCCACAAUAUCAAGAAAAUGAAUUUGGUGCAAUGGAAAACAUGGAAAGUCUGGACAAGGAAUCCACACUGACAGAGAACAGCAGCAUUCCAGUUAGUAUGAGUCAGCAGAACCAGGAAGCUGUAACACUGAUACACCAACAUCAGCAGAAAAUAGCGUUCUACGAAGGUGUGGUGAGCGAAGAAGGCAUGGGAAGUGUACAAGAAUCCGGCCAAGUGACAGACGAACCAGACUUGUCUGUCGAAAAUAAUAACGAUUACACAACGGAACAUGCUAUUCCCACACAGGAAAGCAAUUCUGAACCAGCUGGUCAAGGUCAUCUGGAAGUGCUCCACAAUAACCAACAGGAAGUGGUAUCUAAUUCGGACGGUUGUAUCCAAUCAGAAGUGAUCUUUCAACACUGUGUCGAUCAGGAGUCGGCCUAUAAACAGCAGAAUGACAAUGUGGAUCAUUUGUUUGCUAGCUGUAGAAACCUUUCCCCGAACUCUAGCCAGUUGUGGCAACAGAAACGUGCCGAACCCAGUGAAAGUGAAUGCUUUGUUUGAAUGUAGCUUUUAUCAUUGUAGUCAUUUUCACCUCUGGGGUGUAUGAUUUCCUAUUUGUACUAGUCCUGACAUAAAGUCUACUAGCCCCAUGUGUCGGGCUAUUAAAAUUGUACUCCCCUGUACCUAAGUUCAGAGUCAUCUAUGUUUUCUACUGUUAUUGUCUCAAAAAUGUCUGUGUUUUCAACAUUUGAAACAAACUAAACUAUGCCGGUUUGAAUAAUUAAAAAAGGUUUUGACUUAAAAUUAAUUUGGUGUAUAUAUUUCUAUUGUAAUUACACAGCCAAACCUGCCUGAUAAGACUGCCACAGUGAAAAAUCAAAAUUAGUAUAUAUAUAUAGACAGGUGGACAUGAUAAACAGGUUGGUAUUACCUAUAAAUCAAAGUUCAGGGUAUUUUCAUUAUGGUUGUUAUCUCUAGGUGGACUGUAUUGGCAGGUGGUCUUUAUGGACAGGAAGUCAUUAUAGACAGGUGAUCGUUAAGGCUUGUUUCACAGAUACGGUAUAUGCAUCAUGCCUCUAUAGAUGAUACCAUCAUCAGAAACCCUCGUUCGAUUGUACUAGCGUUUAUCGAUAAACACUAGUACAAUCGAGCGUGGGUUUCCGACGAAGCAGAGAUGCAGGUCUUUCUAGUUCACCAUGAAAGUCCUUUCUGCAGUGAUUAUUUAACAUUCUAGGAUUAAAUAAUUUUAUUUAUCCCUUGAAUAAAUGGAUUGCUUCAUGUGUUUACAUGAUGUGAUAUAAAUCAUAAUAACAUUGAAUUUAUGGUUGUAUACAUACAUGCAUGUAUAUUGUUCCCCCAUCUCUUGAAAGUUGUCUUUGAUCUAGAAUAUAACAGAUAUUUUUACCCUCCUAUUUUUCUUUUAAAUCUUGUUCUUUGCAACUUUUUUAAGAUAAAAAAAUUCUCAUAAAUUGUAAGUGUUACACAAUCCAUUCAUAUCUUAUUGUAUUUGAAACUUUGAAAUUCACAAGAUCAUCAUAUAGAAUGUACACAUAUUCUAUAAGCAUCAGAUGUAAGGAAGGUAUACAUGGUAAUGGACAAUUUCAAGUUUUCCAAACCAACAUCAAAAAUUAAGUUACAGAAGGAACAAAACCGCUCCCACGUAGAUUGAGCAAGGUUUUGUUGUUGUUGUGGAUAAUGAACAUCUUUCUUAAAGUUACAACAAAGUUGUAAUGUAUUUAAAAAAAAUCUGAAAUGUCAGAAGAUAUUGACUCAGAUUUUGCCAAUUGAGUGCAGGCAUUUCUAUGCUUUGCCUAAUUGCCAUGCAUGGUUAUAUACUGCAUUUUGAACCGUUGUAUAAAAGGUAUGAAAAGUAUGUAUUGACUUCAGAAAUUUAAAACA